CCAAGGCGCACACUCCCACCACACACCGCGCGCUUUACGAGAGCAGAGGGGAACUCGUGCUUAGCUUUCCUGUAGCUUCGUUUGCUCCAUCCAUGGCCGAUCCAGCCGAGGAGACCGUCGCCGCGCCCCCGCCGACCCCGGCAGCGCCCGCCGAGGGCGCCCCGCCGCUGUCGGCGGAGCCGCCGGCUAGCACCGACGCCUCGCCGGAGAAGGCGGCCCCGCCUGCGCCUGCGCCGGACACGACGGUCAGGUCUCGCGGGUUCAGGCUGCUCGGCGAGGACACCUCCGUGCACAAGGUGCUAGGUGGCGGCAAAACUGCUGAUGUGCUGUUAUGGAAGGACAAGAAAACAACUGCUGUAGUGAUCGGUGGAACAACUGUCAUAUGGGUUCUAUUUGAAGUGCUUGAUUACCACCUCUUAACUCUGCUAUCCCAUGUGAUGAUUGGUGUGCUGGCCAUCUUGUUUGUGUGGUCCAAAGCUAUGACCUUCAUCAAGAAGAGUCCGCCGGAUAUUCCUGUGGUCGAGAUACCUGAAGACCUCGCUGUGAAUGUAUCGCGGGCAUUACGCAGCGAUGUCAACAGAUCACUUCACUUGUUGCGGGAGAUUGCAAUGGGACAUGAUCUGAAGAAAUUCCUUGGUGUGAUUGCUGGUCUCUGGGUUCUUUCAGAAGUGGGAAGCUGCUGUGAUUUCCUCACCUUGAUAUACAUUGCUGUCCUGAUGAUCCACACGGUGCCGAUCCUGUACGACAAGUACCAGGACAAGGUGGACCACUUCGCCGGAAAGGCUCACACCGAGGCGUGCAAGCACUACGAGGUGCUGGACCAGAAGGUUCUGAGCAAGAUACCCCGAGGGCCGGCGAAAACCAAGAAGACCUAGAAUGCUGGGUGUCUCACGUGCAUGCUGGGUCGUUCGUGGUUGCGUGAUCCAUAUGCGUAAUGCGGCGAGACGUCAGUCGUCUUACGGCCUUGCCUUCUGCUCAGCAUUGUAUUAGCUAUUUGUAUAUGCAACUCUGAAAACUUCGAACCGCUACCUUUCUACUACCGCAGUCGCUUGUAGAUACCUGUCCUGCCACCUGUGUGUAUGCGCGGCAGAUGUGUUCCGUGUGGAUGUUCUUAGUGGAAGCCCUGCCGAAUGGAUGUUCUUUAAAGAAAAUAACCUGCUGAAUGCUGCCAGUUUCA